GAGAGAGAGAGAGAGAGAGAGAGAGAGAGAGAGAGAGAAUAAGGGAAAACAUAUGUGUUUGUGAAGUCUGGAUUCUAACACAGAAGUAUCAUCUGGAUUGUUAGAAGGCAUACGAUAACACACUUUAAGGAAUCUCAUCUACUCACCCCCUGCGUUUGUGCUUUCGACUCGUGCUGUGUGUAUCCACAAUUCAGCAUGGCUUUAUGGAACUCAAAACUCAAAUGGUUACUUCUGGUCCAUCUAUUAAUGUCAGAUGUGGUCUUUGCUAGAAGCCCACUCCCCCCAGGACCCCAAAUAAACUUGAGGCCAGUCACUUCAAACAGCUUCCCAAGUUUAUCAGAGUCUGAAACGGUGGGGCUCACACGGUUAGAGAAGCCAAGGAAUGAGAAAGUAGAAUUAAAAGAAAAAGACGAUAUUCAUCCCGCUCAUCGGCUGGUCUUAGACCUCUCUGAAUCUCUACAAGAUCAGCUGCAUCUCCAAAGCAAUGCAAGCUGUGCAGAGCUCGCUGCUGGAGGCUGGAAAGGAAAUGUUUUCUCUCAGGAGCUAUUGGGGUUGGCAAUGGUGCCUGUGUUGGUGUCGGCAGGAUGUUCGGUUGAAGCCCAGGCGUUGGUAGUGAAGCUCUACUCCGUGCUGGGCCAGGAUGAUACGCGUGAACUUUUGCAGGACGUACUGAUGCUGAUCAAAAGAGGAAAGGAGAGAGAAUCGACGAACUAUGCCUAUCACACUUUCGGAAAUGCAAGCCAUAUCCCAUCCUUUCCUACUAUACCAAGCCAAGAGUCACAGCAUCAUAUGCAGGCUUUAAUUUUUAACAUUCACCAGCUAGCCGAAGUGGGAAAAACUGCAGAUAAGUUAAAAGACGAAGUUAGGCCUUGCAAAGGUUGGGUGAGGGUGAAGGGCACACAGUUACUGGGACAAGCUGCAGAACAGAGCGGGACAUUGCGUCUUUCAGAGGCGCAGAAGGCUUGUCGACGCUUAGGUCUCCACUGUGCAGGUGUGACCCAAGACGGCAAUCACAAUCCUGGAUAUUAUCACGUUAUCCUAAGGCCUGGUAGCCGAGUAGUGCCUUCAUCAUUCUCGGAAAGCUGGAUUCAGAAUUGCAAGACGGCGCAUGUACGAUGGCGUAGAAAUACGGUGCCUCGGCAUAACUGCGUAAACCAAAAAGAGCAGCAGGUGUAUACAGUGGUGGAGUGGAUCCCUGCGGUAUCUACUCUUUAUAAUCUGGGAACGGCUGUUUAUUACGCUACGGUUAACUGCUAUGACACUGCAAAAGAAAGAGCGAUCCUAAGUACUGUGGAUCUGGGCACAGACGCCCUCAUGGCUGUGACUGGGGGAACCGCAGGGGUUGCCGGUUAUGCAUUAGGUGCUGGUUUGAAAACUAGUGUGAAGGCAGGGGUUAAAUACCUCCUUAACAACAUGAAAGAGGAAGAUGACCUUGUUAUGAAUCAGAACAGCUGGGAGGAUGGAACUCUCGACACCUCACAGUAAAAGGACAAACAGGAAGAAUAGACCGAACCUGGACAAUAGCACUGCUCCAGUGCAACACUGUACACAGAAAACACAGGCAGUAAAUCAUGUUUAGGAGUACAUGUUAUCAUACAGUGUGCACAGUGAUAUUCACAAUGUCAAUCCUGUAAAGAUAUGUAUAGUAAAAACAAACAAUAUUGAAGGUGAAAUCAAAAAGAUGUUUUACUUAUCGUUUACUCUUUUGCUUUAGGGUAAAGAGGUAGAGAAAGAGAGAGAGAGAGAGACAGAUGAUCUUUUAUUAGAUUGCAUGACCUGCAUGAUCAGCUUUAACAUAGCGGCAGGGCAAAAAGGUGGCAGUCAUUAUUUGUUUAUGUUGCAUGUGACAGUUAUCUUGGAUUUAACUGUUCAAAAUAGACAGGUAACAAGAAACAGGGGUUACAUUGCAUUUUGUAUUAUUGGAUUUCAAUAUCUACCAUCAUAUGAGUGUGCAUCAAUUGACACGUUUUUAUUUUAAACCUUGAGUAAAAGUAAAUAGUAGUGAAUCAUGAAUCAUAAAUAUAUGAUUUUAAUUGUUUUAUUUUGUAUAAUGCAAAUACAUUUUAAUAAACUAUUGUUAUAGUUACACUUAAUCGUAUGGACACUGUUUUUUCCUUUAUAUUUUCCAUUACUAGUUUUUGAAAAUGCAAUUGUAUUUUUGGUAUAAAUAUUUGUAAAUGCAAACCUUUUUAUGUGCAUUGAUUAAAAUCACAAAUAAAAAACAGCAAAUGAA